ACUAGUGAAAUUUCAACUUGCCCUUUUUUUUUAAAUUAAUGUUUAGCUUUUUUUUAUUAAUUAAUAAAUUUUCGAUAUUCAUGACAGUUGACUCAUUGAAAAUUUUUAAAAAGUAGGGGACACAAAAAAAAGUUAAAAUAUUAGUGAAAAAAAAAAAAAAAACGCAGUUACAAUUUCACUGAGAUAUAGAUUUUUAAAAUAAUUACUUAGAGUUGUUAUCAAUUGGGAGUUUAAAAUCCCCGCCUGAACUAAAAAAAAAUUUCACUGGAUGGUUUGGUAGUACAACAAAAUUUGUUGAAUAAAUUUCAGUAAAAUUUUUAUGUCAAUUUUCUUUUUCGAAUUUUUAAAUUUUUUAGGCUUAAAUUUAUUUAAAAAAUUGUGUUUAACUUCUAAUUGAUGUCAACUGUAAUUAAUUUUUCCAAAAAUUGCGGACACUGUCUGAGAAUGGCCUUAAAAAAAAUUAAAUUUAAAUUUAGAUACACCUGAAAAAUGUCAUAUUUUUCCAUAGCGCUGCUGCUUUAUUUUCACAAAAUAGUAAACACUAGAGGUUAUAUUUUCAUUGAUCGUCUGAUAGUAUAAAUAUGUAAACAUGUGUAUGUUUAUAUGCACAUGUUUUUAUUUAUAAAAUAAUUAUAUUUGAAUUAAUGUUCAAAGUUUUUGUCAAUACAUUAAGAAAAAAAAUUAAAUCCUAUAAUAUGUCAUCCACAAAAGACUCAAGGUCACUGCGUUCAAGUAAAAAAAAAACUAAUGAUGAAAUAAAAAUAAAAGAUGAGGAUUCCAAAGAGGAAGUGGUUGUCUCAAAAUACUUCGUCGCUGAAAUUUUGGAACAACAGAAAAAAUCAAAAAAAGCUAGUGGAAAAAAGCGUAAGUCUAUUGAAAUAAAAUAUGAAGAAAAUCAGGAUGUCGAUGACAUUGAUGCCGGACAUGAGAAAGAAAAUAGUGAAUGGUUUCCUAAAAACUGGAAAGAAUCAUGGGAUUUAAUAAAAGAAAUGAGAAAAGGAGCCACAGCACCAGUCGAUGACAAGGGCUGUCAUAAAUGUUCAGAUCCAAAAGCUGAUCCUCCUACGUAUCGUUACCAAACUUUGAUAUCAUUGAUGCUUAGUAGCCAAACUAAAGAUCAAGUUAAUCAUGCAGCUAUGCAGCGUCUCAAAGAUCAUGGAUGUACGCCUCAGAAUCUUCUUGCAACAUCAGAUGAAGUUCUUGGAAAACUCAUUUAUCCUGUUAGUUUUUGGAAGAGAAAGGUGCAGUAUAUUAAGAAAACAUCAGAAAUUUUAAUUAAUACUUAUGCUGGAGAUAUUCCGAACACCAUUGAAGAUUUAUGUGCUCUCCCUGGUGUCGGUCCCAAAAUGGGACAUCUUUGUAUGCAAGUAGCAUGGAAUCAGGUCACUGGUAUAGGCGUCGAUGUGCACGUCCACAGAAUAUGCAAUCGUUUGGAAUGGGUUAAAAAAUUCGCAAAGACACCCGAAGAUUCAAGAAAACAAUUAGAAUCCUGGCUACCUAAGGAAUUGUGGAGUGAAAUAAAUCAUAUGCUUGUCGGCUUUGGACAAGAGAUUUGUUUACCCCAGCGUCCGAAAUGCGAUCAAUGUUUGAACAACAAACUCUGCCCUUUUGCUAAAUCUGAUAAAAAUUCUAAUAAUAAAAAAUCUAAGAAAUAAUUUUAAUUUAAUUAUUUAUUUUUUUAUACAAAAUACAAAUAAACAAAAUUUUUCAUCAUUCACUUGUACGACCG